UUGUGUCGCAAUAGGAAAGCACUUGCAGCGACACUGUGUUACAUUGUGUUGGUUGUGUCGCUUGCCGGAAAGCUCCCUUAGUAGACGAUGUCCGUGUUAUGCGAUUUGUCAAGUAUUCCAAAGCUAAAUUAAAAUAUCAACACUUAAUCACCAAUAGCUUUGUCGAAUGUAAUAGGCUAUUGAGAUGGUGUCCUUCUCCUGAUUGCAAUAACGCCAUUAAGGUACAGUACGUGGAAGCGAGACCGGUUACUUGCAAAUGCGAACAUAUUUUUUGUUUCCACUGUGGAGAAAACUGGCAUGAUCCCGUGAAGUGUCAUUUACUUCGUAAGUGGAUCAAAGAGUGCGAUGACGAUUCCGAAACAUCAAACUGGAUCGCCGCUAACACGAAGGAGUGCCCUAAGUGUAACGUUACUAUCGAAAAAGACGGCGGGUGUAACCAUAUGGUUUGCAAGAAUCAGAAUUGUAAGACUGAAUUCUGUUGGGUAUGUCUUGGACCUUGGAAACCUCACGGAUCUAGCUGGUACAAUUGCAACCGUUAUGAUGAGGAAGAAGCUAAAGUAGCCAGAGACGCGCAGAAAAAAUCUAAAUCAGCUUUACAGAGAUAUUUAUUUUAUUGUAAUAGAUAUAUGAAUAAUAUGCAGUCGCUAAAGUUUGAAAGUCAUUUAUACGCCAGUGUAAAGGAAAAGAUGGAAAAAAUGCAGCAAUAUAAUAUGUUGUGGAUCGAGGUACAAUUUUUAAAAAAGGCAGUUGACAUUUUGUGUUCCUGUAGACAGACUCUUAUGUACACUUACGUUUUUGCUUAUUAUGUGAAAAAGAACAAUCAGUCUUUGAUUUUUGAAGAUAACCAAAAGGAUUUGGAGAGCGCUGAGGAGUGCCUCUCUGAAUAUCUUGAAAGGGAUAUCACGAGCGAAAAUCUGGCAGAUAUUAAACAAAAAGUUCAGGAUAAAUAUAGAUACUGCGAUAGUCGGAGAAAGGUGCUUUUAGAACUUGUCCAUGAAGGGUACGAGAAGGAAUGGUGGGAUUAUAAGGAAUAGAGGAUGUUUGUUAGUUUUAUUUCUUGGGGUGAUCAUAAAUCCUCUUCUUUCCCACCUCUGCCCUAACUGUGAUAAACCAAGAAAGAGUUAACAAGAGAUAAAAAUGGAGCAUGUCACAAGUGAUUAUAAAACGUGUUUAUGCACUUUAUG